AUGUCCGGUCCUAUUUUGAAAGUUGCUAUUACCCAGGCGCAGCCUAAAUGGCUGGACCUGGCUGGAAGUGUUGAGAAGACCGUCAACCUCAUCACCGAAGCAGCUAGGGGUGGUGCAAGGCUUGUUGCGUUCCCUGAGUGCUGGAUUCCAGGUUAUCCAGGAUGGAUUUGGCAAAGGCCUGUCGACCCCAUCAUCAACACGAAGUACAUACAAAACUCACUAUCUAUCAACUCCGCUGAGAUGAAUACUAUCAAGUCAGCUGCAAAAUCUAAUAACAUUGCAGUCGUGCUUGGUUUCGCGGAAGCCAUUGAUACUCACAGUGUCUACAUUUCCCAAGCCAUUAUUUCGCCCAAAGGCGAAUUGCUGAUGCAUCGCCGAAAGAUCAAGCCAACUCAUAUGGAGCGUACUGUGUUUGGAGAUGGCUCAGGCUCUGAUCUGACCAACGUUGCAGAUGUUGAUUUUGGCUGCGAAAUUGGUGUUGUCAAGGUCGGGACAUUAGCAUGUUGGGAGCAUGCAUUGCCUCUGCUGAAGUACCACACCUAUUCACAGAAGGAGGCUGUUCAUAUCGCCAUGUGGCCACCUCUUGACCCUCAUCCCGGAGUCGAAGCUCCAGCAUUUUGGAGCAUGAGUACCGAAGGGUGUCAAAAUCUUAGCCAAACGCAUGCCAUUGAGGGUGGUGCGUAUGUGCUGCACUGCACAGCGGUGUGCAAUGAGGAGGGAAUUGAUACUUUGAAAACGAAAGGAGGACUCCUGUUCCAGGAGCCUGGUGGUGGCCAUAGUGCUGCCAUUGGACCAGAUGGUCGUAGGCUCACGAAGCCGUUGGCAGAUGGGAAUCCUGCUGCAGAAGGUAUUGUGUAUGCUGAUUUGGAUAUGGCAAGAGUGGUUAUGAACAAAGGCUUCAUCGACGUGGUAGGACACUACAGCCGUCCAGAUCUCUUGUGGCUAGGAGUUGAUAAGGGCCAGAAAGGCUGUGUGGUACCUAAGAGAGAGACUGAGCAUGAUAUAUAA